AUGAAUGGGAGUCAGGGGACGGUGCACCCAGUGGAGGCGCCGCCGCUGCAGACGGAGAGGGCGAACGUGCCACUGCCGUGGAACAGGAUGAAGGACCUCCAGGGCAUGCCAGGGACUUUAGGAGGCCUCUUCUUGCGAUUCUCUCAGAUGUUAUUCGCGGUGGUUGCGCUCUCGGUCAUGGCCACCACCAGUGACUUUCCCUCUGUCACUGCCUUCUGCUAUCUUGUUGCUGCUGCUGGUUUGCAGAGCAUGUGGAGCCUUGUCCUAGCAAUUGUUGACAUAUAUGCUCUUCUUGUAGGACGUCGCCUGCAGAACUAUCAAGUUGUCAGUUUAUUUGCUAUUGGUGAUGGGGUUAUUUCUACCCUUACAUUUGCUGCAGCCUGUGCAUCUGCUGGGAUCACCGUUCUCAUCGGCAAUGAUCUCGGUGCAUGUGAUAGGAAUCAUUGCACAGAGUUUGAGACUGCUACAGCUAUGGCCUUUCUUAGCUGGUUUUGUGCAUUACCGUCGUUUCUGUUAAAUUAUUGGUCUUUGGCAUCCCGACGAUGA